UUUGCUGUGCGGUUGUUGAACGCGGAAAGAACUGAAAAUAUUUUUGUGGAAUUCGUCGUCGGAAAUAGUGAAUUAUUGAAUUUAUAGCUAAUAGAUAGAAUAAAAUAGAUACUUGCUUUUUAAUACGAAAUUUUAACGAACAUAGUGCGCCAUAUAGCGAAUAUACUGAACAAAUAUCAAGCAAUUAUAAUUGUGGCAUGUAUAAAUUCUAGUGCGCGGAUUUUCCUGCAGUGAAAUAUACAUACAACAUAGUUUAGAAUUGGAAACAAUAGUGGAAAUUAAAAAAAAAGCUUCUCGCCGAUAAGUGAAUCGAUGUAUUAUUAAUUAAAAAGCUUGUAUUUAAAUGUUUAACGCAUUUGGUUUUGAGUUGUACAAAGCCGAUAAUAAAAGUACAUUCUAAAAGAAGAGGACCUGAUGCAUUUGGCCAUUUACCAUAAACAAUGAAGAAAUUAUAAGCCUACAUAGUAAAACAGUUGGGUUGGAGCAUCCGCCAAAAGUACUUUUUCCGGUAUUCGCUACAGAGUAUAUAAAAAAAAAACUACAAAUCACACAGAUCCUUCCUUUGCCAACGUCCGCUAUCAAUCAGAGUUUUAUUAAAGAGUGUUGGUGUGUUUGUGUGAAGUAGCCUAUGUUAAGUGCAUAAAAGCAAUGGCUAAAGAGCCAUUUUUAGCAGCCGUGAGGAGCACCACAAUAACAAUAAGAAAAACAGCAAGAAAAAAAUGUGGUGCAAAUAAGGCGCUAAUAAACCAAUAUGCAGCAACAAAAAUAGCAAGUUCAACAAUAAAAGCAAAUGUUACAGUGACUGCAAAUACUAUACCACAAUGUAAGCAUCUUCAUCGACGUCGAAAUCAUCCUUUUGGUUGUGGUUGUUCUCGCUUGCGGCCCGAACGAUGUAAUAAACAAUUAAAUAUCGCGGAAAAAAGCAACAACGUCAACAACAGGUGUCAACAGCAGCAGCAGCAAAAACAAAAGCAGCUGGCAAGCAGUUGUAGUUAUCAUCAGAGCAGCAAGAAGAGCAUUGGUAGCAGCGCGAAUUGGCUACUCCUCUUAUCGCUCAUAAUUACCUGCUUUAUUGGCGAUAGUCUACAAAUUAAAAAUGCACACUUAUCGCCCGCAAUGUCCACCGCUGCCUCCACCGCCACUUACACAUUUUCAUCAUCGUCUUCCAUCUUGCCAAUUGCUGCCAGCGCUUCACCAUUUAUACCCUCCACGCUGCUCUUCACCACAUAUCAUGACAUACAAGUCGCAAACAUCACACGGCCGACUGGUAGUCCACAGAUCGAUGUCAUCGUCAAAGAUCUCACCGAAACGAUGGCUAUAGAUUUCUAUUAUGCACGCAAUUUGAUUUGUUGGACCGAUUGUGGUCGCGAGCUAAUCGAAUGUGUUAAUCUGAACACAUCGGUGCCAUUGUUGAAGGCACCCAAACAAACUGUGAUAUCUGCGGGUCUAGAUAAGCCCGAAGGUCUGGCCAUAGAUUGGUAUACGGAUAAGCUAUAUUGGACGGAUGGCGAAAAAAAUCGCAUCGAAGUAGCGACACUUAGUGGCAAAUAUCAAAAGGUACUCUUCUGGACGGAUUUGGAUCAGCCACGCGCUAUUGCGUUGGUACCGGCGAAACGUCUGAUGAUUUGGACCGAUUGGGGUGAAUAUCCGAAAAUUGAACGUGCCAGCAUGGAUGGCGAUCCAUUGUCGCGCAUGACUAUUGUAAAGGAUAAUAUUUUUUGGCCCAAUGGUUUGACGAUUGACUUGAAGAAUGAGCUCGUCUACUGGGCGGAUGGUCAUUUGAAAUUUAUCGAUGUUAUGAAAUUGGAUGGCAGCAAUCGACGCACAGUUGUUGGUAAUUUGGAAUAUCCCUAUAGUGUGACGUACUUCAACAAUCGGCUGUUUUGGACCGACUGGUCGAAGGGUGGUUCGCUGAACACUUUUGAUUUGAAAUCGCAUGAGUUGCGCGAGCUAAUCGAUACACCAGAGGCACCGAUUUCUGUGCGCACUUGGGAUGCGUCACUGCAGCCGUUCGAAGAUAAUCCUUGUCUGCACAACAAUGGCAACUGUUCACACCUUUGCCUACUGUCUACAAAUGCGCAAGGCUAUAGCUGUGGCUGUCCGACGGGUGUUAAAUUGAUUUCGGAGACGAGCUGCGCGAAUGGCUCACGGGAAAUGCUCUUCAUUGUGCAGCGCGGCCAGAUUAGCAAGAUAUCUUUAGACACACCAGAUUUUACGAUAUUUCCAUUGCCGCUGGGAAAAGUCAAAUAUGCAAUUGCGAUUGACUAUGAUCCCGUGGAGGAGUACAUUUACUGGUCUGAUGUGGAGGCGUAUACGAUAAGACGUGCACAUCCUGAUGGCACAGCCAUACAAGACUUUGUGACAUCUGAAGUGCGACAUCCAGACGGACUGGCAGUGGAUUGGCUAGCGCGUAAUCUCUAUUGGACUGACACAAUAACAGAUCGAGUGGAGGUAUGCCGCUUAGAUGGUUCGGCGCGCAAAGUGUUGAUCUACGAAGACCUGGAAGAACCGCGUGCCAUUGCACUGGCACCUACGCUUGGUUGGAUGUUCUGGAGCGACUGGAAUGAAAAAAAACCGAAAGUAGAGCGCUCUUCUUUGGAUGGUUCGGAACGUGUGGUACUUGUAUCCGAAGAUCUUGGUUGGCCGAAUGGCAUUGCAUUGGAUAUUGAGGCGAAAACAAUUUACUGGUGUGAUGGUAAAACGGACAAGAUUGAGGUGGCCAAUAUGGAUGGUUCGGAUAGGCGUGUCGUGAUUAGCGAUAAUCUCAAACACUUAUUUGGUCUAAGUUUGCUAGAUGACUACCUCUACUGGACAGAUUGGCAGCGGCGUGCCAUUGAUCGCGCGCACAAAAUCACCGGCAACAAUCGAAUAGUCGUCGUUGACCAAUAUCCCGAUUUGAUGGGGCUGAAAGUGACGCGCCUUCGUGAGGUGAAGGGCUUUAACGCAUGCGCGGUACGCAACGGCGGCUGCUCGCAACUUUGUCUCAAUCGGCCAAGUGACUACGUCUGCCGCUGCUCAACAGAGUACGAACUGGCGAGCGAUAAGAAAACAUGCGUCAUACCCGAGGCGUUUCUGCUCUUCUCACGGCAGGAGCAUAUCGGGCGUAUUUCGAUUGACAACAACGAGGGCAAUCACAACGACGAGAAGAUACCUUUCAAAGAUGUGCGCGACGCACAUGCUUUGGAUGUCGAUGUGGCGGAUAGACGCAUCUACUGGAACGAUCAGAAGUCGAAAUGUAUUUAUCGCGCCUUUCUGAAUGGCUCCUUUGUGCAACGCAUUAUCGAUGCUGGGCUCAUCUUUCCGGAAGGCAUAGCCGUCGACUGGUUAUCGCAUAAUAUUUACUGGACAGAUUCGGAAGCGCGCCGCAUUGAAGUCGCGCGCUUGGAUGGCACCAGUCGUCGUGUGCUGCUGUGGAAAGGCGUGGAGGAACCGCGUUCCCUAGUGCUGGAGCCCAAACGCGGCUAUAUGUACUGGAUUGAGUCGCCAUCUGAUUCGAUAAGACGCGCCGGCAUGGACGGCUCCGAACUGCAGACAAUAAUUUCUGGCGCGAAUCAUGCAACGGGUCUUACUUUUGAUCCUGACACGCGGCGUCUCUACUGGGCAACUCAAUCGCGUCCCACAAAAAUCGAGUCUGCCGACUGGGAUGGCAAAAAGCGGGUGGUGCUGUUCAACACCGAUGUCGAUGAGCCGUACGCAAUGGCGCUCUAUCAAGAUUACGUCUACUGGAGCGACUGGAACACAGGCGACAUUGAACGCGUACACAAGAUGACGGGACAAAAUCGGACUCUCGUGCACAGUGGCAUGACUUACAUACGUUCGCUGGUGAUAUUCUAUCAGAAUCGUCAGACGGGCAGCAACCCAUGUAAAACAAACAAUGGCGGGUGCUCACAGUUAUGCUUGGCUCAACCGACGCGACGCGGCAUGAUCUGCGCCUGCCCCACGCACUACACAUUGGCUAAGGACGGCGUGUCCUGCCUGUCACCCAAGAACUAUGUAAUCUAUAGUCAGCGCAACAGCUUCGGACGUUUGCUGCCGAACACAAGCGACUGCCCGAAUGUGCCGCUGCCGGUGCUGGGCAAGAACAUACGCGCGGUGGAAUAUGAUCCAAUUUCGCACAACAUUUACUGGGUGGAAGGACGUAGUCACAGCAUCAAACGUUCACCCGCGAAUAGCACGUUUGUGAAGGUAUUAGUGGGCUCCGGUUCACAGCCUUUCGAUAUCGCGCUGGAUGUGAUUGGCCGCCUACUUUUCUGGACCUGUUCACACUCGAACAGCAUCAAUGUGACGAGAUUCGAUGGCGAUUCAAUAGGCGUCAUAGAUACCGGCGACUCAGAGAAACCGCGCAACAUUGCCGUGCACGCCAUGAAGCGUCUGCUAUUCUGGACUGACGUGGGUAGCCAACAGGCCAUUAUACGCGCGCGCAUUGAUGGUGCUGAGCGCGCAGUGCUCGCAUUCAAGCUGGAAGGUGUCACAGCACUUGCAGUGGAUCAGCAGAGCGAUAUGGUAUACUAUGCGCAUGGCAAGCGCAUCGAUUCUAUGGACAUAAAUGGCAAAAAUAAAAAAAUUCUGGUUUCCGCCCAUAUUUCGCAAGUCAUCUCGCUGUCCGCACUUCAGGGCUUCGUCUAUUGGUUGGACGAUAAAACUGGCGUGGAGCGCAUAAGCGUAAAUGGCGAUGGUCGUCGACCGGAAAUGCAGCGUCUGCCGCAAAUAACCGAUAUUGUCGCCGUCUGGACACCCGAGUCGAAACUCUUCCGCAAUCACACCUGUCUGCAUAGUCGCACCAAGUGCUCGCACAUUUGCAUAGCCUCCUCGGAGGGACGCGCGCGUGAUAAUUGCUCGUGUCCGAAGAACCUCAUGUUGCUCGAGGAUAGACAGAACUGUGGCGCUCUACCCGCUUGCGGCCCGGAUCAUUUCACAUGUGCGGCGCCGGUUAAAGGCGAUGGCUCUAGUAGUGAUAUGAAUAAGGAUUGUAUACCAGCUUCGUGGCGUUGUGAUGGACAGAGCGACUGUCCGGAUAAAUCUGAUGAGGUGGGUUGCCCUUCAUGUCGGCCUGAUCAAUUCAGCUGUCAGUCGGGCGAGUGCAUAGAUAAGUCGCUGGUGUGUGAUGGCACAACUAAUUGCGCGAAUGGUCACGAUGAGGCAGACUGUUGCAAACGGCCGGGGGAAUUUCAGUGUCCCAUCAAUAAGCUCUGCAUCUCGGCCACACUGCUGUGCGACGGUUGGGACCAUUGCGCCGAUGGCGCUGACGAGUCAGCGGAAAUGUGCUUACAAGCGAAUACGCGUCGCAUGGCGCCCGCUUCUGAUAAGAAAGCCUUCAUGAUACUAAUCUUUGCCACCAUUGUCAUAAUUUUCUCCAUUGUCUAUCUACUUCAAGUCUGCCGCACACGCAUUGGCAAAAGUCGUAACGAGCCCAAAGAUGAUCAGGCAUCUGAUCCACUCUCGCCUUCGACACUUUCCAAAUCACAGCGCGUCUCAAAAAUCGCCUCCGUCGCUGAUGCGAUGCGCAUGUCCACAUUGAAUUCGCGGAACAGCAUCAAUUCCUACGAUCGCAAUCACAUCACAGGCGCCUCCAGUUCCACCACAAAUGGCAGCAGUAUGGGUGCCUAUCCCAUCAAUCCGCCACCUUCGCCAGCGACGCGUUCACGUCGUCCCUAUCGUCAUUAUCGCAUCAUUAAUCAACCACCGCCACCGACACCCUGCUCGACGGAUAUUUGCGAUGAAUCCGAUUCGAAUUACACCAGCAGUAAAUCGAAUAGCAACAACAGCCAUGGUGCUGCCAAGCCGUCCACAUCGUCUGCGGUGAUCUGCAUGCAAUAUCAAUAUGACAGUGAGCCAUAUCCGCCGCCGCCAACGCCGCGCUCACACUACCACAGCGAUGUGCGAAUAGUGCCGGAGUCGUCAUGUCCGCCAUCGCCAUCGUCGCGCUCGUCGACAUAUUUUUCACCGCUGCCGCCACCACCCUCGCCGGUGCAGUCACCCAGUCGUGGUUUCACGUAACAUUUUGAGAUUUAUUUGUAAAAAAUUGUAAUAUUAAGGCUAUGUUGUGUAUGAGUGCGCGCGCAUGUGUAGUUGUAAUUUUGUGUAAUUGAGUUGUGUGUGUUAGUUGUACGAGCGUGUGUUGAUGAACUCAUUAUUUUACUGAAAGUUUCAGCUUUUUAGUUUUACCAUGUAACUAAUAAUUUUAAUGCCAAUUGCAAUGACGUAACGUUCAUAUCAUGAAAAAUUGCUUCCAUCUACAAUACAUAUUUACCUAGCUUUAUUUAUUGAAAAGUGCCCUAAUGUUUAAGUGUAGAGUUAAUUAAAAUUAUUUUUUUUUUUGUCUUCAUAAUUGUACAUAUGUAUAAUGGGCUAAGUACGCUAUAUUUCAAACGACUUUAAAAAGCGCGCCUCUACUGACUGCAGUCAGACAGAAAAAUUUAAGUAUGAUCACCCUACAACAAGGGUCAUUACCGAAUUUUUGUGUCGUGGUAUUGCGUUUUAAAAUUUUAGAAUUCCGAAAAAAAA